CCUCAGACAUGAGGCGUGAUGUUCAGGACAUCUUCAGGCUCACACCCCACGAGAAGCAGUGCAUGAUGUUCAGCGCCACCCUAAGCAAAGAGAUCCGUCCUGUCUGCCGCAAGUUCAUGCAGGAUCCCAUGGAGGUGUUUGAGGACGAUGAGACCAAGCUGACGCUGCACGGCCUGCAGCAGUACUACUGCAAGCUGAAGGAUAGCGAGAAGAACCGCAAGCUCUUUGAACCUGCUCGACGUGCUCGAGUUCAACCAGGUGGUGAUCUUUGUGAAGUCUGUGCAGCGCUGUGUGGCUCUGUCUCAGCUGCUGGUUCAAAAGGAGGAGAGGAAUGA